AUGACCCUGCAAUGCACCAAGCCCGCGGGGCACUGGAAGAUUGUGGUGUGGGACCAGGAGGGCUUUCAGGGCCGGCGGCAGGAGCUGGGCUUUGAGACCGUGAGGUCUCUCCAAGUGCCGAGUGGAGUGUGGGUGGGCUUUGAGCGCCCCGGCUUCCAAGGGCAGCAGUAGGUGCUGGAGCGGGGCGAGUACCCCGGCUGGGGCGCCUGGAGCGGCAACACGGCCUAUCCCACCGAGAGGCUCACCUCCUUCCGGCCUGUGGCCUGUGCUAACCACCGGGACUCGAGGCUGACCAUCUUUGAGCAAGAGAACUUCCUGGGCAGGAAAGGAGAGCUGAGUGAUGGCUAUUGCUCCCUCCAGGCCCUGGGAUGGGAUGGCAAAGAAGUGGGCUCCUUCCACGUCAGUGCAUCCCAAGCUCUGCCUGGCAGGGACAGCGAGGGGGUUGGGAGGGCAUAUUCACCCCCUUGCUCGGAUGAGAAGACGGAGGCCGAGAAGGGCAAGUUGGCCGCUCAGGUGCAUGGGUCGUCCCCGGUUCUAAGAAGCCGCCUCCUGAGACUUGUGCUGCACCGCCACCUGGUGGUGACACAGAAAUACACCCUGCUGUCAGAAAAUGAUUACAUUCUGGGAACCCCGGAAAGGGAAAGAUGA